UACUACUAUCAUUCUUAGAAUUUUUUUUGAUUUAUUUAUUUUUCCCUUACGCAAAACUUCAAACAGCUUCUGGUCUUUCCUCAAUGGCUCUUCCUCAGCUAAUCCCUUCCCAUUCGUCUUCCUCACUCACUCACCAACUUUCGAUAAACCUUAAUUUCAAGCCCUUUUCCAAGUCAUUUUCACUCUCUCAAUCGCGCAGAUUCCACACGCUCAGCUCCCUCCGGUGCUUGGCUUCCUCUUUCCCCGAGAAACACCACGCCAAUCCUCCUAAAUCAGACGACGUCGUAGAGCUCCCUCUAUUUCCUCUCCCCAUAGUUCUCUUCCCCGGCGUUAUCCUCCCUCUCCAGAUCUUCGAGUUCCCUUACCGCAUUAUGAUGCACACGCUCCUCCACACCGACCUCCGAUUCGGCGUAAUUUAUUCUGACGCCGUCACCGGCACCGCAGACGUCGGUUGCGUCGGCGAGAUCGUCAAACACGAACGUCUUGUCGACGACCGCUUCUUCCUCAUAUGUAAAGGUCAAGAACGGUUCCGUAUCACCACCAUCGUCCGUACGAAGCCGUAUCUCGUUGCCGAAUUCGACUGGCUCGAAGACCGACCCUCAGGCGACGAAGAUUUGGAAGGGUUAGCCAAUGAAGUGGAGAGUUACAUGAAAGACGUUAUUCGGUUAUCGAAUCGGCUCAAUGGGAAACUGGAAAAGGAAGCGCAGGAUUUGAGGAGGAACCUAUUUCCGACGCCUUUUUCAUUUUUUGCUGGGAGUACAUUCGAAGGGGCGCCGAGAGAGCAACAGGCUUUGCUGGAGUUAGAAGACACGGCGGCCAGGUUAAAAAGAGAGAAGGAAACUUUAAGGAACACCCUUAAUUACUUGUCCGCAGCAUUGGCCGUUAAAGACGUGUUUCCUUCUUCAUGACGAGGGAUUUGACUAAAUUUAAGUAAUUUUUGUUGAAAAUUUGGUGAAUAUAUAGAUGUUUUUAUGCUUAAUUUGUCAACGGCAAAGCUGUAAAUUUUUUAUAUGGGAUCUCUCUGCCUGUUUUUUACUACUAGUUGUUAGAAUCUUGAAUGAAUUAUAGAUAUUAACAUGGUUACUUUGCACAAAAAACUUUUCUUUCUUUUGGAGAUGUUUUAUUCUUUAUGUUACCGCAACUUUGAUUGGAUUCUUAAGCUUGGAGUGGAUUGAUGGUUGAUGUGGUUCAGUUUCCUUGCUUGAAGUGGGUACUAGCUAGUUUUUCGGCUUUGUUAUUUAGUCAUUGUUCUUUCACUUUAGCAAUUCAAGUUCCUUUCUUUUAUAUUUUGUUUUUCUUAAAAUUUCCCUCCAAGGUUUCUGUUAUUGAAGGGAAAUGGAAACUAGUUCAGUUUCCGAUCUGUUGAUUUUGUUCUUCACAGCCUUGUUAGUGUGAUCUAAGCUGAUACAUUGCACCGUUACCGUGAUAAGACAGCUAUUUUCAACAAUGGAGAAAGGAGAAGUCUCAUCUGUGGCUCCAUUCAUUAUCUUUGGUGAUUGUCUUUCACUCUUUUCCUUUUAUUUACCAACCGAAAACAUUAAAAAAA